AUGAAGGCAUUACUAAAGGGUUCGAAAGAGAAAGUGAUCAAGGAACAUGUAAACAUGACCGAAAAUGAUGAUGUGAUAAAACCUCAAUCCUUACCACCAAAAUUAAAAGACCCGGGAAAGUUUACUAUUUCUUGUAAAAUAGGUGGAGUGAAUAUUCCGUAUGCUCUAUAUUAUCUAGGAUCUAGCAUAAAUUUCAUGUCACUGAAAACUGUCAAAGAAUUGAAAGUGGGUGAGAUCACACUGAGUAACAUGACUCUCACUCUAGCUGACUCAUAUGUUACUCAAUCAGUUGGUAUUUUAUGCGACGUGUCAGAACAUGUUGAAGACUUAGUGUUUCUUGCAGAUUUUGCAGUGCUUGAUACAAAAGGAGAUUCAGAAGAAUCUGUUAUUCUCAGACGACCAUUCUUGGCAACCAGGAAAGCAAAGAUUGAUGUAAAAAGGGGUGAACUUAUCUUGAAGUUCAGUAAAAGGAAGGUGGUUUUCAAGGUGUAUGAAUGGACACCUUAUGCGGAUAAUUUGGAUACUUGCUAUCAUCUAGAGUAA